AUCGCAGCCCGUCAAGCGAAGCUAGAAACCUCGUACUCAGACCUAGUCAAGGAAUGUAACAGGAGGCGUACGCAACUUGUAGAUGCAGGUCGUUAUCAUCGCUUCGUUCGCCAAGUCGAUGAUCUCUCUGAUUGGCUUCAUGAAAAGGAGCAUCUUGCCUCCUCGGAAGAUUAUGGUAGAGAUCUGGAAGACUGUGUGCAGCUUACCGAGAAGUUUGAAACUGUUGUCCGGGAAUUGGCAGCUGCUGGCGAACGAGUGGCCGCUGUGCAACGAUCACAAGAAGAACUACUUAGAAGUGGGCAUCCAUAUGCUGCAUCGAUUCGCGCCAAGGGAACCGACCUACAGAGUCUAUGGACAUCCGUGAAUGAAGCCGCCACGGAGCGACAGCAGGCUUUGGCUGGUGCUCGUCAAGUGCACAGAUUUGAUCAGGAAGCUGAUGAAACUCUUAACUGGCUCCAGGAUAAAGAGGCGACGGGAGUCGCAAUGGAAAACGAGGACUUGGCCCAUGCUGAUCUUGCUUCCAUAAAGGUCCAAAUGCAGCGUCAUGAGGAAUUCGUGCAUGGAAUGCGAGCUGUAGAGAAACAGGUGGCCGAACUGUGUCGUGAAGCUGAGAGACUGUGGACCGCAUUCCCUAACACCCGUGAGCACCUUGAAGUACGCAAGAUGGACAUGGAAGAACAACUGAAGGAUAUCCUCGAGGGUACAAGAAGACAUCAUGAACGACUUCAGCAGAUGGAAAGCCUCCAGGCGUACUUCCAGGAGUACCGUGAACUAAUGCAAUGGAUGAAAAGAAUGCAGACAGUGAUGACAUCCGAGCAGCUCCCUCGUGAUGUUGUUGGAUGUGAAGCUUUGGCACGACGUCAUGAUGAAUACAAUCUUGAGAUGCAAGGACGCAAGCCACAUAUUGACGAAUUCGCUCGUCAGGGUAAACACAUGAUUCAGGGAGGUCAUGUUCUGUCUCAGGAGAUAAAUGAAAAGGUUUGGUUAAAUGAACAUCCAUUGCUUUACUAA